AUGUCACUUGUUACACCAUUGCACUUCAAUACAGUUCAAUUAAACCUAUAUAGGGGCUCUUCGCCAAGGGAAAUUAACAUCCCAUUUCUAAAACGAUUGAGGUUGAAAUACAUACUAUCAUUGACACCAGAACCGCUAGAUGAGACCAUGACUGCAUUUUGUAAAGAGAAUGACAUUAAAAUGAAGCAUAUAAAAUGUAAUGAUAAACCUCCUAAAGAUAAAACAAAGAAAGUAAAAAGAAAGAAGAAGACUGUACCAAUAGAGUAUGAUACAGUCAUUGAGUGUGUUGCUUUCCUAGUAGAUCGGCGAAAUUACCCCAUAUAUAUGCAUUGUCACAAUGGAGAGUUGAUCACAUCUCUAGUAGUAGCCUGUCUAAGAAAAUUUUCAUACUGGAGUACAGUAUCGAUCCUUAAUGAAUUUCUGAUAUACAACUCUAGUAUAAACGUCCAUGAAAGAAGUUUUAUCGAACAUUUCAAUUUAGAAGUAGAUAUACAAGGCCUCAAACCUAAAGAUAAAGUACCGUGGGUAUCCGGACAGUUUAUUACCAAGACUUCGAAGAGUAAAAAUAAGCAAAAAGAUAUAACAAAGGCAGAGGUUAUUACUACUGUGAGUAACAACAUACCUAAUGCGCUCCCGAAGUUGAAAUUCCAUAGUAUCUGA